GGGAUGUUGUGACUCGGCGUGUGACUGUUAACGCUCAAAAGUCGGAUAUAUAUUAGUGGUUUUACCGGACUGCAAGUACUACGGUGUCGUGUGAAGAUGUCUUCAUUAGUGGCCUAUGAAGAUUCAGAGUCAGAGGAUGAAUCUAUUGAUCAAGUGGAGGAGGGAACAUCGGCUUCGGUCCAAACUGGAUCUUAUGAACAAAACCAAGAAGUUGUGUUGUAUAAUAACUCAAAGGUAACACCCAGCCCUCAAAGUUUUACCCUUGACCCUGACCGGACAGUGUUGGAAUAUCAUGGAAAUAUCUCGGAUAGAAGCAUUUCCUCAUUACACCUCAAUUCACAGCAACAGAACUGUAGUAUCAGGACAACACAAGAUAAACAUUUUGGAGAUCCUGCUGCUCCUGUGAGUUUACCUCGGACUCAGGGGAAGACCUCAUCACUGCAGACUCUUCCUCACAUCCCACAAAGAUUUGGUGAUGGAUUGAACCCAGCAAAAAGACACUGUACUGUCCUGCCUGGUGUCAGACCAUACAUUCCCAAGAGACAGAGACUUGCCACUUCAGUAGAGACAGUGGGCCCAAAGAAUCCAGCAGAGCAAGUCCCAGGGAAUAAGACCAGGGAAAGCCAAAUUCUGUCUGAUGUGUCGGAAACAGUGAAGCUAUAUCUGGCUCACAAGCCUGAAGCAGCAGGGAUACCGAGGAGGCUUCUAAUGAGCCUGGCAGGCCACGAAGGCCCAGUCAACACAGUGCAGUGGUGUCCUGUGCCUCAUCUUAGUCAUCUGCUGCUGUCUGCCUCCAUGGACAAGACGUUCAAGGUGUGGGAUGGAGCAGAGAGCGGGCGAUGCCUCAGGGUUUACACCUGCCAUUCGGGAGCUGUGCGUGAUGCCUGUUGGACCCCCUGCGGGCGACACCUUCUCACUGGCUCAUUUGACAACACGGCUGUGAUCACAGACGUGGAGACAGGGCAGCAGAUAGUGAAAUUGGACAACCAGUUCAAGGUGAUGUGUGCGGUCCUGCAUCCCAGCAACCCAGAUGUAUUCCUGUGUGGAGGUUACAGUUCGGUGGUCAAGGCCUGGGACUCUCGCAGCUGCAAGAUGGUGAAAGUGUACAAAUCAGCGAUCCAGCAGACCUUGGAUAUCCUGUUUCUGAGAGGUGGUGUGGACUUUAUAAUAAGCUCUGACUGCGUGAGCAGAGACUCUGCGGACCGCACCCUCAUUGCCUGGGACUACCAGACCACAGCCAAGGUCUCCAAUCAGAUCUACCAUGAGCGAUACACGUGCCCGAGCCUGGCUCUCCACCCACUGGAGGAGUCCUUUGUCGCCCAGACCAACGGGAACUACAUAGCAGUGUUCUCCUCCCAACAGCCCUAUAGGAUGAACAAGCGGCGGCGAUAUGAAGGACACAAGGUGGAAGGAUAUGCAGUGCAGUGUGAGUUUUCUCAGGAUGGGACUAUCCUGGCCUCAGGGAGUGCCACCGGCUCCGCUCACUUCUACGACUACCACAACGCUCGGAUGCUGCAGACUCUCCACGCCCACAGCCAGCCCUGUUUGUGUGUGUCUCAGCAUCCUGUCCUGCCUGCAACUGCGGCCACCUGCGACUGGGCUGGUGAGAUCAAGGUGUGGCACAGAGGACUGUGAAGUGAAAAUGGAGUGAAAAAAGAUGACACAAGUUUGCCAAGAAAAGACUAUAUUAAACUGCCAAAUCAAGACUUUAUCCCCCAUAACCUCGUGGCAUACGAUGAUAAGAAGUUCUAUACCACCCACAUUUUCAUUCCAUUGAUGUGAACUCAUACUGGCACUAGAGCAGUCACUGUUGUGUUAAUCUUAAUGUAAGCAUGUUAUUCAUAUUUGGCCCAUCUUGCAUUGUUUUAAUAUCCUGAAAUCAGGGAAAGCUACACUGCGUGGGAUCAAAGGAAGUUGUUUCUUUACAGUUCAAAGAGUGAACUAUUGUUAUGAAUUUUAUCUAAAGUGGUGGGCGGUGGGAAAGCAGUCUAGCUGCACACACAUACACACACAACCUCGAUGCUUUUGUACUUUUACAGUCGGCUUUCCACUCCAAAUACAGCUAGGGACAUCAUCGUCAUCAUGUUCUUGAGGCUUUUGUCAAAACAAAAAGAAAAAAAAAAUUGUCUUUGGGCAUUUUCUAAUCAGAAGUGUUUUUCAUUGCACAUUCUGCAUACACAUCACUUUCCUCUAUGCCUUUUUCCUCUCACUGGCUCUGAUAUGACAUUUCCUUUUGCACUGACAGCUUAGAGCAUCACAGAGACAACCAGAGAUCCUAAAACUUAAAAAAAAUAUAUAUAUAGGCCGACAUAUGUCAAAGCACUGCCAGGUUCUUCCACAGCCCUGCCAGUCAACAGCAGAGCAGAGAAGUGCAGACAGAAACUUGUGAUCUUUAUUCACUAUCUAGUAGAACGGUCCUUAAAAUGCACAUUACUGUUUGGUGGUGAGGGAAAUUCUAAUGGCUCAAUACUUUUUUCCCUUUUUUCAGCCCCUGCAGUUUUUUUAUACUGUGGUUAAUAAUAGUUAAAUUGACAUUGCUAAUUGUCUUAGAGGACCACUAAGUGAAUUUCAUUUUAGUGGAAACUGCUACUUUUUGUAGUAAUUGCUAUGUUUUUCUGUUGUUUUAGAUGGCUAUUAAGUCGAGUAGAAUGUCCUUGUUAAACCGUACCAUCAUACACAGCAGGAGAGACUGAAUCAAGGCCUCAAAAGUAAGAAAAAGACCAAAGAAUAAACUUUGAGCCCAUCAACAGCAGAAAACAAGGGAGGGAAAGAAAUGGAAGAUGGAUUUCUUUAAUGGGUAAGUAGCAAAUUUGUUAAUUUUUAACUAACCACAAGUUAUUCCAGUAAACUAAGUGUAAAAGAUAGUGUUCUAUUGGCUGCAUAAGAGCGUGAGGAAAAAUCUUUUUGGGAAAAUCCAUGAGAAAACUACUUUUGACGACUACCUACCUUCUCAUCUAAAAGGAUGGCAGUUUAGGAAAAAUCUUCUUCCUGUCACCAGAUUAAAAAUCCCUUGAAAUAAAAAUAACUCAAUAGAAAUUUUGUUCUGAAAGAAACAGAAGGAGUCAGGCCAUGACAAACGGCAGGCAUAGCAAAGUCAAAACAACAAAAAAAAAACAGACACUUAACACCAGCCACAACACUUCCCCAGCUAAUCACUCCUUUGUGCCUAAUGCUGACUGGAGUCAGUCAAGGAAGCUGUGAUGGUACUUUUAAAACUGAAGUACCAGCUGGUAUUGAAACAAAUGCAUUAAGAGGGUUGAUCUAGACUGAACUUUCCAUCCAUGAAAUUUAUUUCAAAAUUUUCUACAACUGUCCCACAUGGUGAAACUCUUCAAGGGUUAAGGUCAUGGAAAUAAGUAAUUUAAAACAAUAUAUGCAGAAGCCUACAAUUUAUUUCCCAACGCCCAUCUUUAUUAAGUAAAUAAACAUACAGCAAAAAUAUAUAACCAUGCAUCAGACAGACAAACAUGUUGACAUUUAGACAGCUGACCUGUUGUUCAUGGAACAGGGCUGGAGGUAGGACAGGACAGAAACACUUCAGCCUCUUCAUUCAGGGUGAAAACAUUCAAUAAAUAUAACAUCAAGUGAAAACUGGAUAAAAAAUAUUCAUAGUGAAUAACAGUUGUGUAUGAAGUAUCUUUAUCUCUUUUUAUACAUUAUACCCACAACAAAAAUAUCAUAUAUCCUCUCAAUCCCCCCUGUACUGUGGUUCAAUGUAAUUCCAAACCUUUUCAACCCUUUCGAUAACUAUACAGCCAGAUAAGAAUAAACAUGACGAGGUCAAAAAGAAGAGAUGCAGUUUUGAAAUUUUUAUGAACAGCCUUAAGCCAGUUCCCAGAUCUGCAGGAAUGGGAGAGGUAGAAGCAUGGCCUUUCAAAAAAAAAAAAAUCUAAGCAUGACUACUCGAGGGCAAAGCUCAGUUCCCAUUAUGUAGCUUAUCCCUGUCGACAUUCCACUCAGAUCUACAAAGCUACACAAGCAGGAAGAAAUCCUCCAAGAUCUAUCUCACCAAAAGGGCACACAAACAUUGGAACAUUGUACUUGUGUCCCAACUAUACUAGUAACAUUAGCAAGUGGUAGCAUGGUUGUGGGGCAGCAGGUCAACCUCUCUGCAACUCUUGAUUUAACAUAAAGUACAGGACAGCAUGUCUUCGCCACUUUCUAUGUAUAUAUGUGUGUGUGUGUGUAUAUAUAUAUAUAUAUAUAUAUACACACACACACACACACACGCCUAAUUGAGCAUGCUGGUUUAAAAACAACACACCGACUGUACAUUUUUGUCUUUAUCGGCUUUGCAUCUUACUACCUGUUUGCCACUUUCCUGUCCUCCUUUUUGUGCAGAAAUGCACACGUGCAUGCAGAUCUGCCUGCCUACCUGCCCGGAGAGUUUUCCAAUUAAUCUCUGCUGAAAACUAGAACAACCAGCACUUUUGUUUUGGUUUGUGUAACUGGUGCCAACAGUGUUGAGGAAUCAGGGUAGAAAAUCGGCCACAUGUGCCAGAUUUCUAGACAGGGAUUAAGCCUUGUCAUCUUUAACUAAAACAAAUUUCAUUGGAUAUCUCCGCUGAAAAAUAUCCCCAGUCUAAGAAUAGACUUAAUCCUCCUCCAAGAAACUGACCGUGUGUGUGUUAUCUGUCAGGAAGAACAUACACUUUGUGUAGUAACAGUAGUGACAGUAGCAGUAGUGUAUACGUACAGUAACAAUACAGUAGAUAUAGACUAUGUACACAGUUGUUAGAUGCUGUAAAGGAGACCAUUCAGUCCUUUAUUAGGAUUAAGGCAAUGUCACAAGUGUCCUGGUUUAACGGUAACUAGUGUGCAGUUCAGUCUCAGAUUUCAUCUCGUUUUGAUAUAAAAAUAAGAAAAGUUCCAGCUAAAAAAUCUUGCAGCUCAUUUCUGAAUACUCAUGUUAUUACUCUUUAAUUUAUGUGUAAUCAUAUCUACUCAAUUUGUACAUUGUUUCAUUUGUAGAUUUCUAGCAAUGUACACUAAUUAUUUUAUAGGUGUGUGUGUGUGUGUGUGUGUGUGUGUGUGUGUGUGUGUGUGUGUGUGUGUGUGUGUGUGUGUGUGUGUGUGUGUGUGUGUGUGUAUAAGAACGAAUAUUUCAACAAUCAAAAUCAGGGGUUUUUAACUUUCUGAUUAACGUGUGAAAUCUAGCACUAGGAAGGAACUCUACAAGUUGUGUCUUACUAUGAAUAUUAUGUGGCAUUAAAAAAAUACAAUGUUAAUACCUUUUAUGCAGCCAAUUUGUAAAUA